AUGGCCGCCCCCCCGGGCCGCACUGUCCUUGUCACCGGCUGCUCCUCGGGCAUCGGCCUGGCCGUGGCCGUGCUGCUGGCCCGGGACCCCCAGAGGCGAUACCUGGUCCUGGCCACCAUGCGGGACCUGUCCCGCCGGGGCGCGCUGGAGGCCGCGGCCGGGGCCGCCCUUGGGGACACGCUGCGGAUUCUGCGCCUCGACGUCACCAGCGACAGCUCCGUGGCCGAGUGCAUGCAGGGAGUGCCGGGGGGGCGCGUGGACGUCCUGGUGAACAACGCCGGGGUGGGGCUGGUGGGGCCCCUGGAGAGCGCCUCGGGGCCGCAGGUGCAGCGCGUGUUCGACACCAACGUUUUCGGGGUGCUGCGCCUGGCCCAGGCCCUGCUCCCCCAAAUGAAGCGGCGCCGCAGCGGCCACAUCGUGGUGGUCAGCAGCGUCAUGGGGCUGCAGGGGGUUGUGUUCAAUGACAUCUACUCGGCCUCCAAGUUCGCGGUGGAGGGGCUGUGCGAGAGCCUGGCCGUGCAGCUGCUGCAGUUCAACGUCUUCGUGUCCCUGGUGGAGCCGGGCCCGGUGAACACGGAGUUCGAGCGCAAGGUCCUGCAGGAGGUGGAAAAAUCCGAAUUUCCCGGCACCGACCCCGAGACCCUGCGCUACUUCCGCGAGGUUUAUCUGCCCCGCCACCGCGAUGUGUUCAACACCUUCGGCCAGAGCCCCGAGGAGGUGGCGCAGGCCAUCGUGUCGGUGAUCGGCGCCCGCCGCCCCCCGUUCCGGACCCCCACCAACCCCCUCUAUUCCCCCCUCCUCGCCCUGCGCUUCGCCGACCGCGGGGACCUCGGCGUCCGAACCUUCCAGCGCCUCCUGUUCGACCUCGGCCCCGCUUUCCACCUGAGCCUGGCGCUGCUGCGCUGCCUCAGCUGCCGCUGCUGCCGCCGCCGCGUCACCCCCGUCUGA